CCCACCUUUGUGAGCGCGGUAAAGUUCCACCUCUGCGGGGACAACACGUAGUGGAAGGCAGAGGCACUGUAGUAACCAUUCCGAUACGCAAGCGCACAUUUUGUCGACUCAGCAACUGGGAUAAAAGUUAAGGGGAGCACUUCUUCAGGAACUGGAGGCACUCCCACGGAGAUGCCGCCUGAGGGGUUGUGGAUCUGCGAAAUGUGCGGGAGCAAGGAUCUCCGCUCCUCCGCUUGAAGCGCCCCCGUCAGUCGGUAGCCAAGUUGGCAGCUUCAAACCGAGGCGGUUGCAAAGUUCGCAGCUGCAAAAUUGGCUGCUCCAAACCGAGGCGACCCGCGAUGGAGAAGAAACUCGUCGCGGAGUCCUACAUCGGGUUCAACGGAGCCAUCUCGAACAACCUGAUCCUCAUAAGGCACGAAAAAAAACUGGACAAAAAAACAUACCAUGAAAAGCUAAAACUGAUAGAGCAAGAAGAAAUUGAGGAAAAUGAAAAGAAGAAAAAACUCAAAAGCGUUUACAAUUUGAAGAGCAUCGACAUCAACCACAAUUACUACGAGUUGAAGAAGGAGGAACUCCGUUACCACUUCUACAUGAUCUAUGCCAUAGGGACGAAUAUCAUAAAAGAGGACGUGGUGAAAAACGACAGAAUAAUUUUAAAAAGCGGCAAAAAUAGAAUCACCAAACUCUAUGUCGAUGGGGGUCAUAAGUACAUCUGCUGCUGUAAGGAAAGCAAAUUAAUUUCUAACAUAUAUAUAUACAAAUUUGAGAAUGAGGAGGACCCCAUCAUUUUGUCUCUUCACAAGUUUAGGACUCUCGAUGUCUCCAUCAGCAGAGAUGGCAAGUACUUGCUUUCGUCUGGUGGGGAGGAUGACAAAACGUUGGUUUUGACUCAAAUUGGGAACCAGAAAUUUAUUUACAAGUCCUCAUCAGAUUAUCCCUACACGAAUGUUUCCUUUUUCCACAACUCGAACAAUUUUAUAAUAGCCAAGCUGAACAGCAUCAAGAUCUGCUACUACGACUUCACGAAGAAGCUGAUGAGCGAGGAGGAGGUGAACACAUCCAUUUACAAGCGGCAGUUCCUGUGCCUCGAGCUGAAGAAAAACGAUGAGUACGCCUACCUGGGGACGACCACAGGCGACGUCCUCGUGGUGAACAUCAAGUCGAAGGUGCUCGAGAAGAUCCUCCCGGAGAACUACCUCUUCAGCAACGGGAUAAACGUGGUGAAGAUUCUGAGCGACAACACGAUUUUGACAGGAAGCGGAGACGGCUACGUUAGCCUGAUAGACGUGGCUGAAAAAAAAAUCGUCAGAAAAACAAAGCUGUACGGAUCGAUCAACUCCAUAGAAAUGAGAAACGCCUCCACCCUAUACAUCAGCGUCCACGAAAAUGUCAUAUACGUGAUGGACGUCAUCAAUAACACACACAAGGUGCUAAUGUUGCUUCAUAGCAAUUACAUUCGAGACUUGUGCUUCCCCUUCGAUUACAACUACGUCAUGUACACCUGUAGCCACAACAACAUAAUGGCUUGGCAUUUUUACGAAAAAAAAGUUAUAUUUUUAAAAAACAUAGAAAAAGGGAAAUUCAUCUACUACGAUAGGAAAUUUCUGAACAUACCAACAGAUAAAAGAGAGAAGCUUUGCAAAAUGAACAAACUGCAUGAAGAACAAGUUGCACACAAUUUGGAAAAAAAAAAAAACAAUGGAGAUACAUUUGAUAAGAUAAAUAAAAACUUGACAUGCCACAGCAUACAAAUUACGAAGGAUGGCAAGUACGUAGCUCUUUCCGUCCACAAUAACAUCUACCUGUUAACGUCAAAAUAUAUGAAAAUCGUUACGGUCAUUUUGAACGCCCAUUAUGACUACUGCGAUGCUUUGGAGUUUCACAAGCAGUAUGAUUUGAUUACAGCUGGGAAUCAUGGCGACAUAAAAUUUUGGAAAUUUAAAAACGGCAAGUAUGUCAAUGUGAACACUCUGGGCUACCACUGCACGGCCAUCAACCGGAUCAUCCUCUACGCGGGAAAAUACCUCUGCAGCUGCAGCGAAGACGGACUCAUCACCAUCUACAACAUCGAGGAAUCCACGCUCGUGAAAAAAAUAAUUGACACGAGCAACGCCAGAUAUAGGCAAAUCUGCCUGAACAAAAAAUUUGACAUCCUCCUCUGCUGCGGAAAUAACAACAUCUUUAUGUACUACGAUUUGAUAAAGAACGAAAUCAGCAAGCACUUUUAUUACUCCCCCUUCCACAACGUCCUCACGGUCGACAUGAACGACACCGGGGAGUACUUCAUAACGGGCUCCGACGACUGCAAGCUGCGGCUCUACGAAUUCAAAACGUGCACGUGUCUGUACAUAGGAGAUGCACACAACGACGUCAUAAACAAAUGCAUGUUCACGGUCGAUAACCACUUCAUCAUAUCCGUUUCGAAGGACGAAAGCAUAAUUUACUGGAACGUCCCCGCGGAAAUGAAGAGGCAGGGAUUGGCAAAGGAGCUCGAGGAGUAGUGCCGCUUGGGCGCACAA